AUGAUAAACCCAAAUCUGACCUGGAAGGACAUUAAGCUUAAUUUAUUAGGUAGUAUAACAUCAUAUUUAAGACCACGCACCAAGCGCAGAGAGUGGCUCACUUCUUCAACAAUACAAAUAAUUAAGAAUCUUACAACAAAUAUACACCACCAAUUCGCAAGACAUCAUAGGAUGUACAUUACUCACCGCAUAAGGGCUGACAAAAGACUGUUUAUUGCUAACUUAUCAAAUUCUAUACAUAUCAAUUUUGAUAAUGAUAAUAUUUAUAAGGCCUUCCAAUCUCUUAAACUACUCACCACCUUUAAAACCAAUCCUUUACCAAGACUACCCUUAAAUAACAACAAGAUUAUAACUGACCCUAAGGAACAAUUAGACCUAUGGAUAGACCACUACAUGAACCUCUACAGAACGAGAUGGCCUAGACCUAGAUGUGACUACCCCUUCCAAUCACCCAGUCAGAAUCUGAACAAGUCCGAUAUAGUCGGUGCCAUCAAACGUCUAAAAAUGCAUAAAGCUGCUGGAGCUGAUGGGAUCUUUGCAGAACUCUGGAAGAUAGAGGUAGACCUAAGUGCCAGCUUACUACUUCCCCUCUUUAGGGAGAUUUGGAAUACGGGUAAGUUUCCUGACGAAUGGAUGACAUCAAUUAUACUAAACUUCCCUAAAAAUAAGUCCCCAAACUGCCUUAAGGAUUACAGAGGAUUAAACCAAUCAUUAACAGGUUACUUUCUAACGCUAUCACAUCAUACAGGAAUGGCAUACUACGAGUUGACUAUGGCACUUAAGGUCAUUCUGGAAAAGGCCAGAAUGCAUAAAUCCCCCAUCUUUGCCCUAAUGAUUGAUUUAAGUCAAGCCUUUGACUCCAUAAUUCAGCAUAAGAUAUGGCCCUUGCUGGAAAACAUUGGAAUAGAUAAGUAUCUGAUAGCGCUAAUUAAGAUAAUUUACGACAAUCAUAGCGUAGUUCCUCAACAUCUAAAUAUGAAAUCACAACCUUUUAGAGCAAAUAGGGGCCUCAAACAAGGAUGCAUCUUUUCACCGAUUAUUUUUAAUGUAAUAAUGAAUGAUAUCCUAAAUAAAUCCCUUAAACAGAAAUAUGCACUCAACACAUAUUACAGUGAUCAACAGCACUUCAAUGAUAUGCAUAACUCUCUAAACUUUCUAUGUUAUGCCGACGACGUAUGUAUUCUAGCAAACUCAGAAUACAAAUUAAGAAAUAUUUUAUCAUUAUUUGUCAAUAACUGUGAUGGAUACGGUUUAAGAGUUAACUACACAAAAACCAAGUUUAUCACCUCAAAUACCGACGCGAGUAACUUAAACCCCUUUAACUUUGAGGGUAAUACGAUAGAAUUAGUGUCAGAUUUUAAAUACCUAGGAACCAGGAUAACAUCAGGCCUCACUUUUUUAGAUACGAAAUCGAGAACGAAUAAUGCUAGACUCCGCUAUCAUCAACUGUCGAAAUUAUGGUCAUCCAACCAAAUAUCAACUAAUUUAAAAAUAAGACUCUUCAAAAGAAUCACCAAAACGUAUUACCCAUACAACAUAUCAAGUACAACGCUCUGGAAUAGAUGCGACAUCCUACCAAUCAAUCGUCUCAUACCCUUGAGGAGACUAGAAUUACUAGGCCAUAGCUUAAGACACUCUCAGGAAAAUAUGAUAUUCUCGUCCUUGAAAUGGUGCCCCGACGGUAGGAAUAACACUCCUAAAUACUAUUGGUUGGCAAAAUGUUUGAAAGAUAUGGACCUGAUUAACCUCUCGUUUGCAGAUUUCAUGGCACUCAGCAAAAACAAGAAACACCUAAAGGAACAUUUACAAUGCAUCGACGAUAACGAUAACAAUUACGAAACUAUUAGUUGUAUAAUGGACAAUGAGAAAGUACACUGGUUAAAUAAUAACGCAAUAACUCGGACGAACCCAAAUAUCAUUGGCACAGCACAUACAAGAUCUACAGGACAUACGAUAUUUGGCAUACCGAACAACAAACAAGAUGCAAGUUUGGAUUGUGAAAUAAGGUGGAAUAGCACCUACCAAGAAAGGGGCUUAUUGUUAAAGCCUGCUAUAAAAAAAUUAGUUAAUGAAGUUAUAACUAAUAUAAUUCUUCAAGAAAAACAAUUAUCAGAGGAGGAAUGGGACGAUAUUGUAAAAAUUAAAUCUAUCCUAUUGCCUUUGUAUGAGACUACAAAUAUGGAUGAAAGUCAACAAAACAGGCUUGACAUUGUUUUUAAACAAAAUUAUGUUCAACUAUGUGAAAUCAAUUUUUACCUGAGUGAACCAAGAUCAAAGAGUGAUACUGAUCCAUUAAUGUGGUGGAAGACAAAUGCACAUAGGAUCCCCAUACUCUCAAAAAUGGCAAGAGAUUAUUUAUCUAUACAAGGAACAUCAACUGCGUGA